AUGGUGAACCAUGCUGAGUUGCUCGAUGACUUUGAAUUUACAAAGUUAAUAGAGGUUCCAGCGGAGGGCCAAUCAGGUGGCAUGGUGAUGAUGUGGAACCACGAAAUAGUUAGUGUCCAUAAUGCUGUCCGUAGAAACCAGGAAAUUCAUGCAACAAUUGAGAUUUGGAUCAAUAGAAAUAAUAACAACCAUAACAACACGGACUUUCCUAUCAACAUUAAUCAUAUCAUCCAAAAAGCAAUCGAAUUCACUUUUCUCACUGAAAAAGGCCCUAACACUUGUACCAAAAUUCCCAUCCAAAUUAAAUGGAACAAGCCACCGAAAGGGUGGUUUAAACUAAAUAUCGAUGCUAGCUUCAAAAAUCACAAUGAAAAAACUGGCAUUGGAGGAAUAAUCAGAGAUACCUAUGGGAAUUGGAUAGUUGGAUUUGCUAAGACUACUCAGGCUACAGGAUCACUACAUGCAGAAAUAAAAGCUCUCAUGGAAGGGUUAAAAACAACACAGGAAUGGGGCAUGUUCCCGCUGGAAAUAGAGACGGACACUACGGAGGUUGUUCAUGCACCAACAGAAGGUGAUCCUCGAGCACACCUUCAAGCAAGGGAAUAG